AUGGAGACCUCCGUCAGAAAUGAAAUGGCUCAAGAACAUCCCGACUAUCGGAAGUUACAUAACAACACCAACAAAGACUGGUGGAAGGAUCCAGGGCUUCGUAUCAAUGUCUACCACUGUGCUGGUCUGUGUGGUGCCAUUUUCUUCAAUGGAUUUGAUGGCAGUUUAUUCAAUGGCCUUCAAACAAUCCCAGCCUGGCUCGAGUUUUUUGAUUAUCCGAGCAGCAACAAGCUGGGACUGAUGAACUCUGCGGCUCUGUUUCCCGGUCUUGUGGCCCCUUACUUCUCUGAGCGCAUUGCUACCAAAUGGGGCAGACGCUAUGCCAUAUGGCUCGGAAUCGUUAUCAAUGUCAUUGGUGCUAUCGUCAAUUCGGCAAGUACGGGCUUGGGCAUGUACAUUGCUGGGCGGGUGAUCAUGGGAAUCGGAAUCGCUACAACUUUGACCAUUGCGUCCACCCUAUUGCAAGAGAUCGCACACCCUCGCUACAGGGCACCACUUGGAACAAUUUAUACCUCAAUCUACUACGUGGCAGCAGUUAUCUCGGCAGGCAUAUGUUUGGGCACACGGAAUAUUGCAGGGAAUGCAUCCUGGAGAAUCCCCUGCUAUCUGCAGUUGAUUGGCCCGAUUGCCACAUUCAUUAUGACAUGGACAAUGCCGGAAUCGCCAAGGUGGCUUAUCAAAAACGAACGAUACGAGGAAGCUAUCCAAAUACUUGCCAAAUAUCAUGCAAACGGAGACAUCAACGAUCCGCUUGUUCAGUUGGAGCAUCGUGAGAUUAUGCAAGGCAUUGAAGCGGAGCAAAUCAAUUCCCAGGUUGCCUACACAGACUUUCUCAAGCCAAAGAACCACCACCGUCUUUUCUUGCUUGUUAUCAUUGCUAUAGGCACGAAUUGGGUCGGUAACGGAAUCGUAUCAUAUUAUUUGUCGCCGAUUUUAAAUCAAGUGGGAGUGACUGCGAAGUCCCAGCAAGCCACUUUGAAUCUAGGUCUUCAAGUCUGGAACCUAAUUCUAUCGACAACAGCCGGGCUUAACUGUGAUCGCAUCGGAAGACGACCUAUGUGGCUCAUAUCAAAUAUUGGAAUGCUCUGUGCAUUUGCGAUAGUCAUGGGCCUCUCGGGCUCCUACGCAACAACAAACUCAAAGUCCACAGGCCUUGCGGUAAUCCCUUUUCUGUUCAUCUAUUUUGGAUUCUAUGUAUUCUCCUGGACUCCGCUCGCCAACAUGUACAGCGUCGAAAUUUUGCCUUUUAACCUUCGUGCAAAGGGUCAAGCAAUUUUCGUCACCGUCCAGAAUGCUGCUAAUGCGGUAAACCAGUGGGUCAACCCAAUUAUCCUGGAAGCUAUUCACUGGAAAUACUACGGCGUUUACAUUGGCAUCCUGAUGGCCUACAUUGUCAUGAUUUGGUUUACUUUCCCGGAAACUAAAGGCCUUACUAUCGAAGAAGUCGCUACUGUUUUUGAUGGUGAGGACGCACUUGGGAUGGAUAAAGGUACGGGUAAGGGAGUAGCAAAGACAGCCACAGCCAGUGAAAAUCUAUCAGACUCUGAGCACGUGGAACAAGUUUGA